UAAGUUCACUUUUGGGAAGAUUAAUAAUUAUAUUUCCUUAUUUCUCAGAUCGUCUUAUUAGGCAUAGAGCCUGUGCUUUAAGGGACACCGCCUAUGCAAUAAUUAAAGAAGAGCUUGAUGAAGACUUUGAGCAGCUUUGUGAAGAGAUCCAGGAGUCUAGGAAGAAACGAGGUUGUAGUUCCUCCAAAUAUGCACCAUCUUAUUACCAUGUCAUGCCAAAGCAGAAUUCUCCUCCUGCUGGUGAUAAAAGGUCAGCUCAAGAGCCCAGUGAAAAGCUGAAGGCACCGUGUCCUCCUGUGGCUUGCAGUACCCCUGGUAAGUAGUCUGCAGUAAUCUUCA